AUGGCCGACUUUGCACCCCCUCCCGGACCACCGCCGCCAAAAGUGCCAGACGGCUGGAAAGCCAUCUGGAACAACCAGUACAACGAGUGGUUCUACGUCAACACCCACACCAAGACUUCACAAUGGGAGAAGCCAACCGAGCCUGUGUAUGCAGCACCAGCAGGCGGUCCUCCACCAGGCGCACCACCGGGCUACGACCAUUCGUCAGCUCAACCCGUUGGUCCUGAGAAAGGUGGCCACCUAGGCAGCAACAAUCCGUACAAUGGUGGCGCAUCGAGCAGUACCGUCAAUGAUGAGGCCUAUGCAAGACGACUACAGCAAGAAGAGGAGGAGCGCGCACGAAUCCAUGGUGCUGGAGCCGGGAACCGUGGCGCGAGCGACACCUACCACGGCCAGCCCAAUACAUAUCCACUGCAGAGCAACCAAAGCCCAUACCAGAACAAUCCAAGCCCAUAUGGUCAGCAAUCAGCGACACCAAUCGGACAAGAGGCGGACAGAGGCAAGAAGGGCGGCUUCCUGAGCAAGAUCACCAGUAAGUUAGGUAGCUUCGGCUCGAGGCCGCCACAGCAGGGCUACGGCGGAUACCCACAGCAGGGCUACCCUCAGUACGGCUAUCCACAGCAUGGCUAUCCUCAGCAAGGCUAUGGAGGAUACCCACCACAAGGCUACGGCCCAGGUAUGAUGGGCGGCGGUUAUGGCCAUCCGCAGCGCAGAGCAGGAGGUGGUAUGGGCGCCGGUGGUGGUGCACUUCUCGGUGCGGGAGCAGGUCUCGUAGGAGGAGCCAUGCUCAUGAAUGCGAUGGACGACCAUGACCAGGAGGCCUACCAGGACGGAUAUGAGGACGGUCAGGAUAACGACUUCGGCGGUGAUGAUGAUGGUGGUGGUGGUGACUAG